GGUGCGUCGCCUAAUUGAAAUGGGAGACGUUGUAACAAAGGGUUAAAUGAGGGAUGGACGCACCAUAAUGUAAACAGUGGAAUCGUCCACGAGGAGAAUAUCAUUUAGUAGCUUUAAACAAGAUGGCAGUCGGAGAUGUUUCAUAAAAUUUCCAAGACAGAUUUCGCCAUAAAUCAUGUAUGUGGCACAGACAGAAACUGUCAUCGAGAGAUCGGUGAUUGCAAUCCUGAAAGGAUAUUGGCAGAAAAUAAGAAGAGGAAGAAGUUGAGGGGUCAUGGAAUCAACCUGCUUAACUGCAAAUAUGAAUGUGUCAGGAAGGCGGCUCUGGCUGUGGGUCUGCGAGAGGUGGAUGAGACGGAGGAGUGGAUGGUGUUCUGGACCGACUGCUCUGUCUCCAUGGACCGCAUCAUGGACAUGAAGAGAUACCAGCGCAUCAACCACUUCCCCGGCAUGAUUGAGAUCUGCAGGAAGGAUCUGCUGGCCAGGAAUAUGAACCGCAUGAGGCGAUACUUCCCCAAAGACUACAACAUCUUCCCCAAGACCUGGUGCCUUCCCACAGAGUAUAUUGAGUUCCAGGGCUACUGCCGCUCGUUGAAGCAGAAGACGAUCAUCUGUAAGCCGGAGAGCGGUUGCCAGGGAAAAGGAAUCUUCAUCACGAGACACCCGCAGAACAUCAGCCCAGACGAGCACAUCAUAUGCCAGGCCUACAUCAGCAAGCCCUUCAUCAUAGAGGACUACAAGUUUGACCUGCGCCUCUACGUGCUGGUUACGUCGUGUGACCCUCUCCGGGUCUUCCUGUUUAAAGAGGGACUUGUGCGCUUUGCAACCUCCAAGUACAGGAGCCCCAACAACAGCAAUGUAAGUGACGUGUGCAUGCAUCUCACCAACUACGCUGUCAAUAAAAACAGUGAAAACUACGAUCACGAUGUCCAAAAAGGCAGCAAGAGGAAGCUGUCGUGGCUGAGGGUGUGGCUAGAGCGUCACUCGUAUGACGCGGGCGCGACAUGGCGUAGCAUUGAGGACGUGAUCGUGAAGACCUUGCUGGUGGCGGCACCGGUGUUGCGGCAGAACUACCGCACAGCGUUCCCGGGCCACGUCGGGCCCAGCUCCUGCUUCGAGCUGCUUGGAUUCGACAUCCUGCUCGACUUCAAGCUCAAGCCCUGGCUGCUCGAGGUGAACCACUCUCCAAGCUUCCACACGGAGUCUGCGCUGGAUGAGGAGGUGAAGGAGGCGCUGCUCAAGGACACGCUGACCUUGCUGAACCUGACCUCCAGCGACCGCCGACGCAUCGUGGAGGAGGACAAACGCCUGUCCCAGGAGAGACUCCUGCAGAAGAAACACAGCUCCUCACAGAGGGAGUUGUUGCAGAGCAGCCAGGCGUCGCGGCUCGCGGAGGUGGAGGAGCACGAGGAGCGACACUCGGGAGGGUUCUACCGGAUCUAUCCCCGUGACAACGAGCAUCUCUACAGCCGCUUCCUGCAGCAGGCCAAGAAGUACUGCCAGGAGACACUGGCCUCUAGGGCACGGGAGGAGUACAACAGGCAGGUGGUGCAGAGUCAGCAGGACAAGGAGCCGGCGGCUCAGGGCCGCUCGCUGGGGAGGGGGAGGGGCCAUCAGGGGGAGUCGUCUGGGGAGCAGCGAGACCGGUGCGAUGAGCGGAGAGACCAGCGGCAGCUGAGGAGACAGCCUUCCACGUCCUCCUCUUUCAGCACGCGAGACUGGAGCUAUCCAGCAGGCAGAACAGCGCCCUCCAGCGGCCGCAGCUGGGUGUGGAACUCGUUUGAGGCUCGUCACAUUGUGGAGGAGGAGGAGGUGGUGCGACAGCGUCUGCUUAGCCAGAGGGAGGCGCUAGUGAGGCGUUUGGGGGUGGAGCACGCAGUGCACGCCCUCCUGGGACCCACAAUGCACCUCUACGUGCCAAACUCAAUAAGUGCCCCCCGGUGGCCCCCGCUGGCCACCUCGGGCCCCUCGGGCCCCUCCGGCACAUACGACGCCCCGGCCCCCCACGCACCCCAAAAUGGCUCCCACCCCCCCGGACACGCCGAUGCCCUUGAUCCCCGACCCCCUUUCCCCAUCCCUCACGGGCCCCACACCCCCAGCUGCCUUCAUGUGUCAUGCUAUCGCUUUCAUGUUUCCGUUCCCCGCAGCGCCGCGGUCCCCCAUGCAUCCCUCUACAGCAGGGCCCAGUGCGCCCUCCUGCCUGCCCCAGGUGCCCGCAGUGCCCACCCCGCUGCCUCUGUUGCCCAGAGUGCUGCUUCUGUUGCCCCUGCUCCUCCUGCCUCCAGUGCUCCAGCUGCCCCCAAAUGCUCAAUCACAUACCCAGCUGGCAUUACUGCCCGCCCAUCUCACCCGGGCACACACGCGGGCACACACACCAUUCAGCCCUCCACACACACCGAAACACACACCACUCACUCCAACACACUUUCAGCUACACACACCACUCACCGCACCUCACACGCGGACAACACACACACCUGUCGUCACACCACACACACCUGUCUACCCUCUCACACCACACACACCUGUCUACCCUCUCACAGCACUCUCCACUCUGCACAUACUGACAUACACACCGCUCAAUCCUCCGCACACACGGCCAUUGACUAUCGUCUCCGUGGUGACACGUCCACACACAGAGGAACGCACUGCUGUCACCCCGCACACACACACACGCCUCUGCCCUCACACACACGCAGCGCUGGAACCACACACACACAGAUGCCUCUGCCCUCACACACACACCUCCCUUCAGCACGCACUUCCACACACACCCCCAGCCCCUCGACACUGGAGCGCUACUCCACAGCCACACAGGGCGCCAGACCUGUCACACACACUCCGCGCUCCAAAGCCACACACGGCGUGAGACCAGUCGCAUGUGCGGACACACACACCAGCCUGCCUCAGCUGGGACCAGCCAAGAAGGGGGGCGUGGCUAGUUCUGACCAAGGCAGGGCAGCAGCCAAUGGCUGCCUGACAGUGAGCCGUGUGCCAGGGGGCAUGUCAGGGGGCGUGAUUGGGGGCGUGUCUUCCUCCUCCAGCCAGGUGUCAGUCAGCCUGAUCGAACUCAAGCUGCCCGAACGCCAGCAGCCAGCACUGCCCAUCAUCUCAGGCCUGUCUGUGUGGAAGCAGCUGUGCCGUAACAGCCUCAGGCCACUGGUGGGGCGGGACUCAGCUCAGGCUCGACCAAUCAAACGCACCACUGGAGAGCCACCAGCCACCCGGAAGGAACACGCCCAGGGCUCAGAACACAAACCCAGCAGGUCUGAAUGAUUCAAAUGAAACUAUGAAUGCCAAAUUCCACAUAUUUUCAAGUCACAGUCUUCUCUUCAGUCCGCUAUUGCAAUAAAUACAUAUUUUUGUGGUUUA